UGUGGUUCCGGGUCGUGGUGCGACUCGGGGCACUAGGGCUACAUCUCGCCCGGCUGGCGGCGGCGAGCCGCGGGGGCAUGAGGGCGAGCCCGGGAAGCAGCCGCUGAGCGGCCGGUGGGAGCGCCCGUCCUUGAGGAUCCUGAGCGUGCAGCGUUCGGGGCAGGGCCGGGAGGCGUGAGGGAGCCGGGCCCUCGCCUCGGGAACGUGGCCGGGCCGACCCGGCCCGUAGUGUGGAAGCAGCUUCAGUGUGCACACCUGCAAGUUGCUGGGGUCCUGAGGUUUGCCAGUAGCCUUUCGCAUUCAGCUCUGUGUUCAUGCCUGCCUUCAACUACUGUGUGCCCCACACUGCACUUCUCCUCCUCUACAUCUUCUGAUCUGGCUGUGGCUAUCUGUCCAGUUAUGCUUACAAAGAUCCCCACUGUGAUCCCUUACUCUAGAUAGGUAGGUGAGCUCGUGAAACAAUAUGAAGAGGAGAAAAUAGCCUUUUAAGGAAGUUGGCCCACAGAAAGAAUGGCCUUCUUGGACAAUCCAACUAUCAUUCUAGCUCAUAUUCGACAGUCACAUGUGACCAGUGAUGACACGGGAAUGUGUGAGAUGGUUCUCAUUGAUCAUGAUGUUGACCUAGAGAAGAUUCAUCCUCCUUCAAUGCCUGGAGACAGUGGGUCAGAAAUUCAGGGAAGCAAUGGUGAGACUCAGGGCUAUGUGUAUGCCCAGUCAGUCGAUAUUACCUCAAGUUGGGACUUUGGUAUUAGAAGACGCUCAAACACAGCUCAAAGAUUAGAACGACUCCGAAAAGAGAGACAAAACCAGAUCAAAUGCAAAAAUAUUCAGUGGAAAGAAAGAAAUUCUAAGCAAUCAGCCCAGGAGUUGAAGUCACUAUUUGAAAAAAAAUCACUCAAAGAGAAACCCCCAAGUUCUGGAAAACAGUCCAUAUUAUCUGUCCGCCUGGAGCAGUGCCCUCUGCAGCUGAACAACCCCUUUAAUGAGUAUUCCAAAUUUGAUGGCAAGGGUCAUGUAGGCACAACUGCAACCAAGAAGAUCGAUGUCUACCUCCCCCUGCACUCGAGCCAGGACAGAUUGCUGCCAAUGACCGUGGUGACAAUGGCCAGCGCCAGAGUGCAGGACCUCAUUGGGCUCAUCUGUUGGCAGUAUACAAGCGAAGGACGGGAGCCAAAGCUCAAUGACAAUGUCAGUGCAUAUUGUCUGCAUAUUGCUGAGGAUGAUGGGGAGGUGGACACUGAUUUCCCCCCACUGGAUUCCAAUGAGCCCAUUCAUAAGUUUGGCUUCAGUACGUUGGCCCUGGUUGAAAAGUAUUCAUCUCCUGGUCUGACAUCCAAAGAGUCGCUCUUUGUUCGAAUAAAUGCUGCUCAUGGAUUCUCCCUUAUUCAGGUGGACAACACAAAGGUCACCAUGAAGGAAAUCUUGCUUAAGGCAGUGAAGCGAAGAAAAGGAUCUCAGAAAAUUGCAGGCCCCCAGUACCGCCUGGAGAAGCAGAGUGAGCCCAAUGUCGCCGUGGACCUGGAGAGCACACUGGAGAGCCAGAGCGCGUGGGAGUUCUGCCUGGUCCGCGAGAACAGUUCAAGGGCAGACGGAGUUUUUGAGGAGGAUUCACAAAUUGACAUAGCUACAGUACAGGAUAUGCUCAGCAGCCAUCAUUACAAGUCAUUCAAAGUCAGCAUGAUCCACAGACUCCGAUUCACAACUGACGUGCAGCUAGGUAUCUCUGGAGACAAAGUCGAGAUAGACCCUGUUACGAAUCAGAAAGCCAGCACUAAGUUUUGGAUUAAGCAGAAACCCAUCUCAAUCGAUUCUGACCUGCUCUGUGCCUGUGACCUUGCUGAAGAAAAAAGCCCCAGUCACGCAAUAUUUAAACUAACGUAUCUAAGCAAUCACGACUAUAAGCACCUCUACUUUGAAUCUGAUGCUGCUACCGUCAAUGAAAUUGUGCUCAAGGUUAACUACAUCCUGGAAUCACGAGCAAGCACUGCCCGGGCUGACUAUUUUGCUCAGAAACAAAGAAAACUGAACAGACGUACGAGCUUCAGCUUCCAGAAGGACAAGAAAUCAGGGCAGCAGUGACACUGGCCUCCGCCCCCAACCUGUCAUUGCAGCUCAGAGCCCACCUGCCAGGGCCAGGUGGCCUUAGAGCCCACUCCAAGCCCUGCAGUGCCCUGGGAGGCUAGCCUUGGGCUCAGAGCACAGUCCUAGGGCACCAUGGGGAAGGUGUGCAAGGGCACGUAGGCUGCUGUGCAGGGGACCUGAUGUGGGACCGCAGUGGCUUUGAGCAGCGACACGCAGGGGCCAGGCCACCCCCAGGAGCCACAGGCCACUCGACCAUCUCCACUGCGUGAUGACCCUGCCCAAGGCUGCCCAUAGCCACCUGGACAUUUCCUUGCAACUUGAUCAAAUUUCUUAAAUGAAGAACAAAAGUGUACAUUUCUUUUUUUUCUUUCUUUCUUUCUUUUUUUUUUUGCUUUUUAAUAAACAGGUAUACUCUACCAUGGUUGGUAUGGUGGACCAUUCUUUGGGGUGGAGGAUUGAUUAUGUUAUUCCCUUUAAAAUCUGUUCCCAUAUUGAACAGGCAGAUUGGAAAGGCUAUGGUUCGAUUUCACAGAAGAAAUGUUUAGGGUUUAGUCAGUAGUUUUAACUAUGCCAUUUGUUUAAAUGAGUGCAUUUGCUUCGAGGAUAGUGCCAUACUGAAAGGAACCAGGACCUGGCGCUGUGUCCAGGGCUGCGUCGUCUUCCCCUAGAUGCCCUCGCCCCUUGAUGGCCCAGCACCUCCAGCUUCACAGAUGGGAGGACAGGGGUGACAGCUGCUCUUCAGGUCAUGCCAAGCCAGCCACUGUGGUCUUUCUGUCUCUUCACAGCAAGUGUAAGUUUCAGCCAACAGGCCUGCACUUGGCUUCUCUGGCCUGGGGUCCCAGCUCUGCUGCCCCUGCAGGACCUGGCUCCUGCAGCCUUCCUCACCACACAUGCCCCAUGGGAGCCAGCGGGCGGCUGCUGUCCACUGUCGCAGAGAAAAGAAGCAGAAGGAACCGUGUCCCCAGCAACCUGUUCCACGGUGGGAAAAGACGGGCUGGGGCCCCUGAUACCACACCUCUGGCCACACCAGAUGCCUCUACGGGCCUCACCAAGGUCCCUCCCAUGGUGAUGUCCGUAAGUACUGUCCCUGGCCGGGGCCAAAGGCCAGGUGUCUCACCAAGGACAUGCAUUUAAAACAUUUUUUAAAUCAUUGUACAAGAAGAGAUGUGUCUGAACGGCAUCUCAAAGUAAGUGUAUUUCUUUGCACAGGGAACCUUUUAAUGACUUCCUCUCUCAUUCUGCCCUUGUCAGCCAGCAGGAGCACCCUUUUCUAAUGUCUUCCACCCCUACCCUCCAGAAACAAAAGAAAUAUUAUUUGUAGCUUGCUAUCUGUAUUUGAAUUUUUAGCAAUUUUAUAUUUAGAUACCUUUGAAAAAUGUAAGUGACUAAUUUGGUCAUUAAAUCUUGUGACAUAUUCAAUAUUAAAAU